AUGUGCAAGGCGCUAGAGGCCGGUUGGAUUCCACAGUUUGAGAUCUUUCAAGAACGGGGCCUCAAGCUUGGACAUUCAGAGGUUGAGAGUGACCGGGAGUUGUUUGCCGCAGACAACAGAUGCCGAUAUUCCGAGUUGCUCAACAGGGCGGCGCUUGGAGGAUUUGAUAUGCCCAAGUAUGCGUUUGAUCAUGGACUCGAUUGCCCGGACUGGGCGGCCAGUCAUUUUUGGAAAAGACAAGCCUUGCUUGAAAUCAUCAAACGGAAGAAUCUCCGUUCGCUGAAAUUCCUCUGGGAGAAAGGAGUCCGGCAUGCACUCAACUGGAGGGACCUUUCGGCCGCAGUCUCCGGCCUCGUAAAACCGCCUGUCGACCGCGAGCUGGCAUCUGAGAUUCUGACUGCGCUAUUUACCACCAGCACUGAUUUCUAG